AUGUUGAUACGAACAAGCUAUAAUUUGACACGUUCUUCUGUGGUUUUAGUUGAGGAAGCCGCAAAGAAUUUACAGUCCCAACCUGAUGUUGAGGCUUUCCAAUUAUCACAUGAGCUGCUGGCAGCAUCAGUCGCUGAUCAAUAUGCUCAGUUCACUCUUCUUGAUUCAGCUAUGAUGCAGCCAGACGUUUUCGUUAACUACCCUUCAAACUAUAUUUUGGAUUGGAAAUUAAGAAAGAAGUUGGUCGAAUGUUACUACUCCUUGGAUGAUGCUCUAUGCCGCGAAUUAAUAGGCAGCAAAUUAUCAGCUCGCUUUCGCCGUGAUCUUGCUGAUGUCGCUGAAAGGUGUGGCAUUCGUCUCCGCAGUUGCCGACGUCAGUACGAGAACCUCAGACGUGUUGCACGGUUUGUUGAGGAUACACCUGGCCACCUGUGUGAGAUUAUCCGGAGGUACUUCGUUUUGCCGUUGCCUCUUGCGGAAGUCUACGCUGCCAUGAUCUUUCUAUGUGUGAAUCGCUUCGAAACUUCUAAGCGUUGCUUCUCCGGUGCCACCUUUGCUGACUUUACUUACUGUGCUGAACAGCUGAUGACCUACUGGACCAAUUCAAAUAACCAAGUUGCGAAAUUGGAUUCUCCAGUAGAUCUAGAGCUCGACUUUGAAUUCUGUGGAGAGUUAAAAGUCUUGAAGCUGUUGGCUGAGAAGCAAACAUACCUCGAUCGUCAUAAAAGCCUCGUCAUUCGUCAGAUAUCCUCGUCUGUUUCUGAACUCUGUUUAAAUGGAGUUGAAACCAACUUUAAGAGCCUGUCCAAGGCAAUCAUAACGAUUGCCACGGGGUUGUCACACGCGAAGGAGGUUCGAGACCUCUUCUUGGAUAUCAUCGAGAAGGUCGGUGAUCUGGUAGUUGACGUCGUGGUUGGGGCUCAAUGGACAUACCAGGAGUUUUCCAAUUUUCUCACUUCGUACGAUGAGACCCUGCGAAUCCUCCCGCCGGCAAAGUCAGCUCAGACCUCCCCUUUUCUUGCUCGCACACUAACACCCACUAUGCGCUCUGACCCCUCCACCUUUGUAUGCGAUGACCUGGAAUACAUCAAGUGCCUCUUCUUCUGUCUGGUAGUAAUCCCCCUUUUCGGUCCCCUCUCGAUCGUCAUCGUUUCAAAGAUGCUGGACGCGUUUCUUCGCUCCGUUCAAAUCAAUCAGCCUGCGGUUUUAUCACCUUCCGCUGAACACAAGUACCUAAGUGCCUCAGGCGUUUGCCCUUUGCCACCACAGUGCAUUGUAAUUGAUGCACCAGUUGAUUGGUUUCCCUAA